CUGUCCGUCUGUCCCAGCCGCCCCAGGACCCCGCCGAGCCGCGGGCGGUGAGUGCCGAGGGAAGGGGCGGGCAGGGCUCGGGGGGCAGCGGGGUCSGGCACGGAUCCUCCUCGGAUCCUCCUCGGCUGCUGCUCGCACCCCCGGGAGCGGCUCCCAGGAACCAGCGGGAGGAGAGGAAAGUGGCGCUUGGAAGCCAUAAGGAAGCUGGUGAGUCCUUGUGAUGGCAGCCAUGGCAGAGACCAACAACAUCCAUGCAGUGACAGAAGGGCCAGAAGGAGAUGAUGCCAAGUGCAGUUUCCAUCACAGAAUGUUCCUGGAGCCCCAAGAGGAGAAGAGGAGCAUGAAGGCCCUGCUGGUGAAGCAAGCAAAGAAAACUUGCAGCUGCAGCCCAGCCAAAAUUAAAGACUGYGUUUUGGGCUUUUUCCCCAUCUUACAGUGGCUUCCUAAAUACAAACUCAGGGAGUAUCUCCUGGGGGAUGUAAUGUCUGGUGUGAUCGUKGGGGUCCUGCUGGUCCCUCAGUCCAUUGCCUACUCCCUGUUGGCUGGGCUGGAGCCCAUUUAUGGCCUUUACACGUCCUUUUUUUCCAGCCUCAUUUACUGCAUCUUCGGCACCUCCCGCCACAUCUCUGUCGGCAUCUUUGGCGUGGUUUGCCUGAUGGUGGGCCAGGUGGUGGAUCGGGAGGUGGACAGGGCUGGCUAUGACCUGGAGCCAGCCGUGCUCAGUGCCCUGUCUGACCUGGCAGGGGAUGCCAACGUCACCAGCACCAGCAAUGGGACGGUGCCAGAGCCACUCUGUGACAAAAGCUGCUACGCCAUGGCCGUGGCUGCCACCAUGACCUUCAUCUCUGGGGUUUACCAGGUGGCCAUGGGAUUCUUCCAGGUGGGCUUUGUCUCCGUGUACCUGUCGGAUUCGCUGCUGAGUGGGUUUGUCACGGGCGCCUCCUUCACCGUCCUCACCUCACAGGUCAAAUACCUGCUGGGGCUGGACAUCCCUCGGAGCGGGGGCGUCGGCUCCCUGGUCACCACCUGGAUAAACAUCUUCAGGAACAUCCACAGGACCAACCUCUGCGACCUCAUCACCAGCUUCYUGUGCUUCCUGGUGCUCAUCCCAACCAAGGAGCUUAACGAGCGCUUCAAAUCCAAGCUCAARGCUCCAAUCCCCAUGGAACUCGUCGUGGUUGUGGCUGCCACUCUGGCGUCUCACUUYGGGAAGCUGAGGGAGACCUACGGCUCCAGCGUUUCUGGGCACAUCCCCACCGGGUUUCUGCCACCACGCCCUCCAGACUGGAGCCUGGUUCCCAACGUGGCUCUGGAUGCCAUCCCCAUUGCCAUCAUCGGCUUUGCCAUCACCGUGUCCCUGUCGGAGAUGUUUGCCAAGAAGCACGGAUACACCGUGAGGGCCAACCAGGAGAUGUACGCCAUCGGCUUCUGCAACAUCAUCCCCUCCUUCUUCCACUGCUUCACAACCAGCGCCGCUCUGGCCAAGACCCUGGUCAAGGAGUCCACGGGCUGUAGCACCCAGGUGUCYGGCAUGGUCACCAGUUUGGUCAUCCUCUUGGUCCUCCUUGUGAUCGCACCUUUGUUUUACUCCCUGCAGAAAUGCGUCCUCGCCGUCAUCACCAUCGUCAACCUCCGCGGAGCCCUGCGCAAGUUCAGGGACCUGCCCAAGAUGUGGCACCUGAGCAGGGUGGACACGGUCAUCUGGGGGGUCACCAUGGCGGCCACGGCGCUCAUCAGCACCGAGAUCGGGCUCUUGGUGGGGGUUUGCUUCUCCAUGCUCUGCGUGAUCUUCCGGACCCAGCGGCCGGAGGCGCCGCUGCUGGGCUGGGUGGCCGAGUCGGAGACCUACGAGUCCAUGUCUGCCUACAAGAACCUGCAAACCAARCCUGGAGUUGUGGUGUUUCGCUUCGAAGCCCCCCUCUACUACAUCAACAAGGAAUGCUUCAAAUCCACCCUCUACAAGCAAACGGGGGUCAACCCYGUGGGGGUGAAGGCAGCCAAGAGGAAGGCAGAGAAAAGGAUGCUCAGGGAGAAGGAGGUGGGGUCUGGGGACAAGCAGAGCAGCAGCACCCCCGUGGAUUUGGGGUCGGGAGCCGUGGGGUUUCACACCAUMGUGAUCGACUGCUGCGCCGUGCAGUUCCUGGACACGGCCGGGAUCCGCACGCUCAAGGAGGUCUGCAAGGACUACRGGGACAUCGACGUGCACGUGCUGCUGGCCCAGUGCAACCCUUCYGUCAGGAGCUCCCUGCUGCGAGGGGACUUCUUCCAAGAAGGGGAGGACCACCUGCUCUUCCACAGUGUGCACCAGGCCGUGGACUUUGCCCUGGGCACGCAGGGCCACGGCACUUCCAAGAACUAAAUUGGGAAGAGAGGCUGGAGCAAAACCUGGGAAAUGUGUAAAUGUGUGUGCAAUCGAUGUGUGUGUGCUCAGCUAACUGUGCCAGCCCUCRGUGUGCCCUGCAUUCACCUGCCAGCUGUACUGAUUGCAGGGRAGGUACUGAGUGAGGGCACUGAUCGUGGCCAGUCUGGAAAUCUCAAUUUGCAUAGUGUUGUUCAUCUCAUGUCCCUUCUCUCUGGAGCUUUCUGUGUUUCAAUUCCACUCUUWAGCUGCUUCAUUUCAGCCCUGUCCYUGUGGAUGGGGUGGGAUUUUGGRGCAGUGUGGACAUCCUGUCCAGCUCAUUUCUCACCCCUCACUCUGGCACUGCUUUCCCCUCACCACACCCUUGUGUUUGCCAAGGAAUGGCUGCCAGGGACUGUUUGCCCUGGUCUUUACUGGGCAGAGUUUGAUUUUGCAACCUCCCUGAACUUGAGAUGGGUAAACAAAUCAAAUCUAAGCAUGCARGAAAAUAUCUUAAUGAAUAUCUUCUGACCAGGCACCUCUCACCUCCAGAGGCUUUGGCACUGCCUCCCAGUUCAGCCARGCCACAGGGCCRUGGUCACCUUAUKUCUCCACAGGCCUUUACAUGCCCGUGCCUAUGGAAAUUGUGCCUCUCCAGCUUGAUUUUAGUGAUUUUUUUUUUYCCCAGAGAUGACUCUUUAGAAGUCUGAUUCAUGCUUAUGGUUAGUUGUUUUCCUAAUGUUUAGGAGCUCUUCAGAACUGUGAACAUAAGUUGUGGAAAAUACCCAGUUCUUUAAUUUUAACCAAAACCAGUCCUUUCUCGGCAGUUUUUUAUGCCAGGCAGACAGAAUCACAGGCACUAAAGUGAAAAAGGACAAAUAGAUUAUCCAGCAUCUGUCCAGAUGUGUCCAUGUCACAGACUUUAUCCAACAUCUGUCCAGAUGUGCCGGUGUCACACAGACUUUGUGCACGAAUGCAGGAUUUAUUGGCUAUAAACCCUUUGCUGUGUCCUGGACUUUAUGCACAGACCAUUGGAAAAGGAGCCAGGAAAAUUCUGUGCUGAACUUUCUUUCGCCAAGUCAGUAUAAAUAGAACUUUUCACUUUGAUUUUAAAUUAUGUGGAAGUGAAGAGUGCCUGUUCCUCUUGCUGAAAUACAAAGGUAGGAAGAGGUUUUCUGCUCUCUGCAGUAGAAUACAGCUGUGAAGGCAGAAUUGGGAGAUUAACAGUUUUUCCUGAAUACUGGCUCUACAUAGCACACAUCCCUGCAAGAGGGUGCUUUCCUCCCAGAGGAGUUUACARUCUGAAUUGCAGGUGCUUCACAGCUUUUAAAAGGGAAAGGUGCUGUGUACAGACAAUAUUCUCAUCCUUAAUAAUUCAAAAAUAAGGAGUCAGGAAUCGAAAAAGGCCUAAAAUUCAAUAUGAGCUGUGAAAUGUUUACUGAAUAGA